AUGAAGAAUUAUUCUCAAGGAGAGCUCAAAGAAGCCAGAGAUUUUAUUGACAAUCUACAACGUGAGCAUGGGGGAAUCAAAAAAGAGCAUGAAGGAAUUCUGGAGCGUGAAUUGCCUGAAGUCCUGGAGACAAUCAAAAAUAUGCGAAGAAAGCUCGGCGCCUCGACUCAAAUUUUGGUUGAACAGCUCUAUCAAAAUUCUACUCGCUGUAUCUACGAGAUUAUCCAAAAUGCGGAAAACAACAGAUACACAGCCUCAAACAAGUUACCCUUCUUGUCUUUCACUCUCCACUCGGACCGCCUCAUCAUAGACUCCAACGAAGAUGGCUUCACCCCGGGGGACAUCAAAGCUAUAUGUUCUAUUGGCGAGAGUACUAAAGCACCCAUCCAAGGCUAUAUUGGAGAAAAGGGCAUCGGCUUCAAAUCUGUUUUCAACGUUGCUCAUAAAGUCCAUAUCCAGUCCGGGCCUUAUUCCUUUGCAUUUGAAUAUUUCAAGGAGGACUCCAAAGAUUGUGGACUUGGCAUGGUUACACCGAUGAAUGAGACCCCGCAUGAGCUUCCUGAUGAUGUUCAAACAAGGAUGGUCUUAUAUCUCCAUGUAGAUAAGGAUCGAGAGGCACUGCGUCAAGAUUUGCUAAAUUUGCCAAACACACUACUACUGUUUCUCAAAAAACUACGGCAACUAACUGUCAAAUUUGAACUUCAUGAUAGGGAUAUUCGAAAGGCUCGAUUCUUUCUGACAUGUCCAAACAACAAUAGUCUCUCUGAAGAUAUAGUUCAGAUUGAAACUGCAAUCACGGGUCCAUUCAAUUAUGUCAGACAUGAGAGCUUCUGGGUCAAAAAGCGCCGCGUCGUCAAUCUUCCUACUAAUUCCGCUCGUGCCGAAAUCCGUGAAGCUGAAGUCAUUCUAGCCUUUCCUAUUGAUAAAGAUCAUGUACCAGUCAUUGAAGAACAAUAUGCUUUUGCGUCCCUUCCCUUGAAAAAAACCGGGUACAAGUUUAUCAUACAAUCUGAUUUUAUUACCAAAGCCAGCCGAAAUGAUAUUGUGGAUUCUGCGUGGAAUAGGCAAUUACUAGAGGAAGUGAUCGCAACAUUCCGCAGUGCAAUCAAUGAUCCCAAUGGGUUUCUUGAGCACGACACACUUCGAUACAGCUGGAUCAGAUACAUUCCCACAACUGCUAUUACAGAUGAAUUUUGGGGACUUCUGCAACCCCGCUUGUUUGACGAACUUUGCACCAGUAAAUUCUUCUUUUCUCUGGAUGGAUCUCGCUGGACACCUAAUCGCUUGCGGGUUUUGCAGAACGCCUUUCGAGACGAACAUCGCGAUCCUCUACUGGUAGAUACUAUUGCAGGCACAACUGCGUACAUCUCAGAGUCUUACGACGCUUCUGAUAUCCUCAUUUUGGAAAGGAUGAAAGCAAGGUAUCUAAGUGCCCCGGAAUUUUUGCAAAGAUUAAAUCAAGAUCUUGCCCGGACCCUUGAUUCUCAGAUGAAAUCUACGCCUUUAGAUAGCCCGUGGCAUACCCAUGUGGCAAAUCUUCUCAUUGAUAUAGGUCAGAAUGACAGUUUUAAAAAGGAAAUACAGAAAUUAAAAAUCAUACCGCUUGACAGUGGGGCGUGGGUUCGUCCACUAAACGCGAGCAUAUUUCUCCCGACUUCCGGCGGUGUUGCCAUACCGCAGGAUCUGCCUUUAAGCUUAGUUGACGGGAAAACACUUAGAAACUUGAGUAGAAUAAAGCUCUUCUCACAACUUGGAGUAUCUUUGUGCUCACCAGAACGCAUAUUUCCCCUCAUUCAACAACGUCAUUUUCCUCCAGCGAGAAAAUUCUCGGCCUCGGAUCUCCAGGAUAUUCGGUUUCUUUUCUGGAACCAUAGAGAGCUACCUAGUGACUAUACCAUUAAUAUGAGGCUAUGGAACGGGGAAAGUUAUUCUGUGGCGUCUCCCCAGAAGGAUGGUUGGGUUUAUUUGCCCGGAUCCAAGAACAAAUACGCACUAGCGAACCUGUUUGGUUCAUCUGUGCCAUUCGAGCUGAGACCCUCCAAUAAUGUCAGGUACAUCGUGUCAGAUUAUUACCAGAUUUUUGAAUACUGUGGCUCUCGAAAUGGGCGUACUGGCAUAGAGUGGCUUCGUUCUCUUGGGAUCAAAGAGACCCCGCAACUUCGUGCUAGGAACUCCAAAGGGCAUCUUCAAAGUCCAGAAAUGUCGGUAGAACUUAAGUAUAUCGCGGAAAGGCUUCCAAGAUUUCUACUAGGAGUACUACAGGCAAAUUUCGUACAAUACAACGAGUCGGAACAAUGGGAUUGUUUCUUUAGACAAAAGGACGUUCCCAUUCUUGCUUCGUCGAAGAUGAGGAGUCUAAAUUCCACGUUUCUACCCUUACCAAAGCUAAAAGCUAUUGCUUCAAGUUUGGGACUAGAAGAAGGCUUCGGCUUUUUGAUGGAGUUGAAUGGCAUAUCUGAAGAUGAGGUUGUCAAAUGGAAUUUCCUCAAGCGAUUCGGAGUUGGGGUGUAUGAAGAUGUUUCAUUUUGGCUGAGAUUAUUAAAGCAAGCUAGACAGAAAGAUUCAAUCAACCCCAAUAUUGUCUUCAAAAUAUACACAAGGCUACAAACCUAUAUUGACGAGUCAGAUAUCAUAAAAAUCAAAGAAGCAUUUCAAGAGGAUAUGAUCUUUGCUCCUAGCUCCAAUUCUAUGGAUGACUGGGAGUGGGAGUAUCGUGAUGAUUGUGUAUGGAGUGGCCCCGAGUGGUAUGAACACAAGCCUCGUCUUCAACCCAUCAAUGAAUACCAGGGACUACAAGCCUUGUUUGUAAAUACUGUCGGAAUUUCCGAUGCUACUUUGGCCGACUUCCUAAAACAUCUGGAACGUAUUAAAAGUCAUGACCAGGACAAAUCCGAGGGCAAGUUUAACGAAGAGAAGUACAAAAUCAUCUUGCUGUAUGAUAAGCUUAACGAAUUAACGGAAAAUGGUAAAAGCUCAGAAGUUGAAACACUAAGAUCGUGUAUCGAGGAAGGCAGGCUUCUUUACUACCCUCCAAACAAGUUAUGGUAUGCCCCAUCAUCGUGCGUUUGGGUCACAAAAGAUAUCCAGCUCCCAGAGAAGAUUUCUAUCGCCACCGAAUACAAGAAUCAACGGACAUUCUUUCGGAAUGUGUUAGGUGUCGAGAAGCCAAAUCUAGAAAUGCACAUUAUUGCGCUCCAGAAACGCGCUCUCGAGAACCCAGAUAAGGAGGGCAUUCUACGCGAGCUAAGAAACAUAUGCGCACUCAAUCCGACUGUGGCAUUACGAGACAAACUUUCCAAAUGCAAGUGUUUCCCAGUAUAUCGACCUUCACAGGAGGUUGAAUGGAUGGACAGUACUGAUAGCUUCGCAAUUGUCGAUCGUAAAGAGCAUGGUAAUGUUUUUAAAAACAAGAUCAAUGUGCUUGACUUUUCAUUAGAAGAAGUUCAUUCUAUAAGUCAAUUUCUGGUUGAACUUGGACUUGAAGGGCGAUUCACAUCAAGGGCCGUGAAGGAGGACACAAAAAUCGAAGAUAGACUCUUAAACGAUGCGCUGACAAAGGAUUUAAGAAGAAAAGCAUAUGCUAUCUGUCGGUAUGCCACUCAUUACGGGAGUAACAGUUCUGGAUCUGCCUAUGAUUUGCUGCAGACUCUUGAGGUCUUCACUAGCGAAAGCAUCACUAAGGAGGUUUCCAUCGUCCAGAACAAAAAGAUCACAUCGGUAAAAGUGCAUACAGCGUUCUUACAUAUUGCGCAAGAUAACAACCAACUUAAACUUUAUGUUCCUAAGGAGCAGCGACAGAGGGAAGUCUGUUUGUCGCGCCAGCUACCCAUUGAAUUACUCAAGCACCUUGGAGUUCCCAACUUCCGCAGGGGAGCUGAGCUCGGCUCCAUCAUUAGAGCGACUAGUUCUUUUGCUAUAAAUGCAAUUCUUGAUUCAGAUGGAAUCAUUGAUGUACCUGGAAUCUUUCCCUCAGAGGAUUAUAGCGAAAGCGAGCCAUCAACGUCUGACGCUUCUCAGGUUGUUGCCAGCCCAGCCAUCAAUACUGAUGCAGAAAGCAGAGUAACAUCGCCCGAGCUUCACUACCGCGCCCGAUCUUCUACCGAGGAACGCUAUGUUCGAGCCCAAUUCAUUGAUAGUUCCCUUCGGACGCUAGCUACGCCAGGCACACAUACACCUGAAAUACCCCCUGAGCGAACCGGCCUUUUUAAUGAACUUCUAGAUGCGGUUAUCAAGCAAGCACGUAGCGUGCGCGGUAUCCCAGCGGUCGAUGGUGUUCUGAUGGCACCCCUCUCUACUAAUGCUCGUAUCGACACUAGCCUAGCUGUUGGCUCCAAUGUGGCUGGAGAAAGUUUGUUUAGAAUUGGUGUAGCUGGAGAAUUAUUUAUUUUUGAGAUAAUGAAGAGCCUUGGCCUGCCCCUUUUCGAUCUGGGAAAUUGGAGAAGCACAAUUCGACAUCGAGUGACCGUCCACGAUGACUACAAAGAUAUGCCUCGCUGGUGUGGCUCUGAAACAUCAGAUAUCGUAUAUGAAGACCGUGAAAAAAUGUUGACCUCAUUGCUUAUCACAAAUAACUACUUUCACAUUGAGGAACUCGCAAGAUUAAGAUUUGCAAGUUCUCCUACAUAUUAUAUCGAAGUUACAACAACACCUGGGCCACUCGAUAAUGCAUUCUAUUGUAGCCAAGGUCAAUUCGACAGGAUGGAAAGCAUGAAGCUACAAUCUGAUCAGCCAGUGAACGAAGUUUGCUUGGUUGCUAGGGUUUUCAAUCUUGGAGCUUCCGGUAUGGGGUUUAAAUUGUAUGUAGACCCUGCUGGAUUGCGGAGAAAAGGUCAGCUUAAGUUUACGGCGGACAAGUAUGUUGUGACAUCGUAA